AUGGAUGGGAUCGAUCCGGACGUCCUGCUAGAAUGGCUUCAAACGGGUAUUGGAGACGAAAGGGAUCUCCAGAUGAUGGCCCUCGAGCAGCUGUGCAUGUUGCUGCUCAUGUCUGACAAUAUCGAUCGAUGCUUUGAAUCGUGUCCUCCGCGAACGUUCCUUCCUGCGUUGUGCAAAAUUUUCCUGGAUGAAACUGCUACAGAGGCUGUUCUUGAGGUCACUGCCCGUGCUAUUACUUAUUACCUUGAUGUUUCCAACGAAUGCACCCGAAGAAUAAUUCAAGUGGAUGGCGCUGUUAAGGCAAUAUGCAGUCGACUUGCUGCUGCCGAAAUGACUGACAGAACCAGUAAAGAUUUAGCUGAGCAAUGUGUGAAACUUCUCGAGCAUAUUUGUCAGCGCGAGACGCUCGCCGUUUAUGAUGCUGGUGGUAUGCACGCUAUGCUUACAUUAGUUCGACAACAUGGUUCGCAAGUCCAUAAGGACACAAUGCACUCCGCAAUGUCUGUAGUCACACGUUUAUGUGGUAAAAUGGAACCAAAUGAUGCUGCCCUUCCGCAAUGUGCUGAAAGUCUUGGAGCUUUGCUUGCACAUGAGGAUAAUAAG